AUGAAGUACAUCCUGGUGACGGGCGGGGUGAUCUCGGGCAUCGGCAAGGGGAUCAUCGCCAGCAGCAUCGGCACCAUCCUCAAGUCCUGCGGGCUGCAUGUCACCUCCAUCAAGAUCGAUCCCUACAUCAACAUCGAUGCCGGUACCUUCUCCCCGUAUGAGCACGGCGAGGUUUUUGUGCUAGAUGAUGGAGGAGAAGUGGACCUGGACCUUGGUAACUAUGAGCGCUUCCUUGAUAUCCGACUCACCAAAGACAACAACCUGACUACUGGGAAGAUCUACCAGUAUGUCAUCAACAAGGAGAGGAAGGGAGACUAUCUUGGCAAAACUGUCCAAGUUGUUCCCCACAUCACAGAUGCUAUACAAGAAUGGGUAAUGAGGCAGGCACAAAUCCCUGUAGAUGAAGAUGGCAUUGAACCCCAAGUUUGUGUGAUUGAGCUGGGUGGGACGGUAGGCGAUAUUGAAAGCAUGCCUUUCAUUGAAGCUUUCCGCCAGUUCCAGUUCAAAGCAAAAAGAGAGAAUUUUUGUAACAUUCAUGUCAGUCUAGUUCCCCAGCCAAGCUCUACAGGAGAGCAAAAGACUAAACCCACCCAAAACAGUGUUCGUGAACUCAGAGGUCUUGGUCUCUCACCAGAUCUGAUUGUUUGCAGGUGCUCCACUCCAUUGGAUACCUCAGUAAAAGAAAAGAUUUCCAUGUUCUGUCAUGUUGAACCAGAACAGGUCAUCUGUGUUCAUGAUGUCUCUUCUAUCUACCGGGUUCCUCUGUUGUUAGAGGAGCAGGGGGUUGUUGACUACUUCAGACACAGGCUCGACCUUCCCAUUGAGAGGCAGCCCAGGAGGAUGCUCAUGAAGUGGAAGGAAAUGGCUGACAGGUAUGACCGUCUCCUUGAAACAUGCUCCAUUGCACUUGUUGGCAAAUACACCAAGUUUUCCGAUUCCUACGCAUCUGUCAUUAAAGCACUGGAGCAUUCUGCACUGGCUAUCAACCACAAACUUGACAUUAAGUAUAUUGACUCUGCUGACUUGGAGCCAGAUACUCUGCAGGAAGAACCUGUCCGAUACCAUGAAGCAUGGCAGAAGCUGUGUGGUGCUGAUGGAGUUCUGGUUCCUGGUGGAUUUGGUGUUCGAGGGACAGAAGGCAAAAUUCAAGCUAUUUCCUGGGCAAGAAAACAGAAAAAACCCUUCUUAGGAGUUUGUUUGGGAAUGCAGUUAGCGGUUGUGGAGUUUGCACGCAGUGUUCUUGGUUGGCAAGAUGCUAACUCGACGGAAUUUGACCCCAAAACUGCUCAUCCAGUGGUCAUAGACAUGCCGGAACAUAAUCCUGGGCAAAUGGGUGGGACCAUGAGACUUGGCAAGAGAAGGACACUCUUCCAAACCAAGAAUUCAAUCAUGAGGAAGCUGUACGGAGAUCAUGAUUUCUUGGAAGAGAGACACAGACACAGAUUUGAGGUCAAUCCAGAAUUGAAAAAGUGUUUUGAAGAGCAAGGUUUGAAGUUUGUAGGCCAGGAUGAGGAGGGAGAGCGAAUGGAGGUGGUUGAGUUGGAAGAGCAUCCUUUCUUCGUUGGUGUUCAGUAUCACCCUGAAUUCCUCUCUAGACCAAUUAAGCCGUCUCCCCCGUACUUCGGCCUCCUCUUGGCAUCUGCAGGAAGACUCACGCAUUAUCUACAAAAAGGCUGCAGGCUCUCACCCAGGGACACCUACAGCGAUAGAAGUGGCAGCAGCUCACCUGACUUGGAGAUAACAGAGCUGAAGUUUCCAUCAGUAAAUCAUGACUGA